UGUUAAUUUGCCAAUUUUAUAAUAGACUGUUUACUUUCAGUUUGCCGUUCCCUGCUGUUGAGUUUCAUACAUGAACUAAGAGCUUCUCCUAAAGAUACAUCUCCUCUCUGUGUUCAACAUGUCCCUAGGGCGAACAGACGUGAAAAUACCGGCAAGCUCGCCCACUGGGGAGCCAGUCAGAUACAAAGAAGGCUGGUUACAUAAAGAAGGUGGUGGAGCACGUACCAAGUGGCAGUCAAGAUGGUUCAAGCUUCAAGACAAGACUCUCUCCUAUUACCAGAAGAAGGAAGAUCACAGUGCUAGUGGUUGUAUCAAUUUGGACGAGGUCAAGGACAUCAGUGUUGUCGGGGAUCAUUCUGGAAGACAUCAUUGUUUUAGUAUGGUCACAACGAAAUCUGGUAGCAAGAAAGUGUACUAUCUCUCAGCCGAAUCUGACGUGAUGGUAACGGAGUGGUCCACUGCACUCCAGACAAACAUGAGUACAUACGAGCCUCCCACCAAGUUUAUCAAGUACUGCACGGUGGAGGUGUUUCUCUCGCAAGGCAUUCGCAUAAUGGGGGACGUCCACUACAACAUCCUGACGCAGAUAUCACAUCGAAUGGCUGCAGACAAGAAGAAGCGAGACAAUUUUGGAUGGUACUGCGAUCGUCAGAUAACAUUAGCAGCUGUCUUGAAUCUGUUUGCCGAAUACAGUUGGAUACCUGAGAGAAUUUACCGCAGUACAGCUAUAUCAGGAACUGAUGCUAACUUAAUCCUGCCUGUGGUUCGAGUCAUCUUCUCCAAGUCCCCCCCGGCCGCGCCAGUUGAAGACGCUCCUCGUAGUAAGAAAAACUUGAAAGCGCUGUUUGGGAAGUUUUCCCCUCAUGGAUCUCCUAAUCUCAAUGCUCGACCGGAAUCGUCGGGAAAAUUGGAGGGAUCUGGUCGAUUUGGAGACACUGUGUCUAUUAGCACACAGAAAGUUGCGUCCCAUCCAACCAUAACACCAGGGACUGAGAUGAUCGAAGGUGCCGACGACGAACUGAUCGCUUUGAUGGAGGAAUUCAAUAUUCCACUUUCCCUUCUCCAAUUACCAGCCGAGUGACACUGCAGGACGUAGUGUAUUCACGACUGUGUGUUAUCAAUAUGACUGUGUGUAUACAUGAUACUGCAUAAUUAUAAUAUAAUAGCUGUUUUGUUUAUCAAGAUUUUACUUUCUGUUUUUAUACUCAAGUGAACAACUAAUGUGUUUACCAUG